CGAGGUCGACUCGGACCUCCCCUCCCCUCUCAGCCUCUACAUAUACUGGAUUGAGUAGAUCCAUCCAAGCAGUCGAGAUCCAAAGAAGAGUACAUCGAUCCAUAGCGCCCGUCCACCCUGAGAGAUCCAUGAUGUGGCGUCUGAACCCGUCCACCCUCAAUCCGCCCGCCCUCUCCGCCGACGACGACGCUGCUGCCCAAGAAAAACUCCCCUGGGUGCUCCUCGAGCUGCAGGCCUACGUCGCCAAGCGCGACAACUCCACCACCGCCUUCUCCAAGACAUGGGAUGGCAAGCAGAUCCAGGUCACCUUCUGCCCUCGCCGCCCGCCGCGCGUCUCCUACGUUUGCGUCCACAGCCCUGAUGCCGCCGAGAUCCAUAUAGAGCCGACGAUCCUCGCCGUGGAGGACGAACUCGUCCUCCUCAGCAUCAGAGUCGGUCCUCAAGAGGACGCACCGGAGAAUGUCGACUACUACGUCUACCAGGCCGACGAUGGGUCAGGGGGGCCGUCGCUCACGCACCUCCCGCGGCCCCCCAGCCCCUAUUUCUUCGAUGCCAGCGACAUGGGCAUCCUACGCUACCGCACUGACGACCAAAGCGGGGUCUUCCUGCGCCCCCACCGCCCCGACGACGACACAGGAUACGUUGUCGCCGGACUCCAUCGAGCACCCUCGGGGCAGCCCCCAGGACAGUUCGACCUCUGUCUCUACGACUCAAAGUGUGGAGAUUGGAAGACCCACACUGUAUCUCUGAACCACCACCAGCAGCAGCAGCAUGGUGGCAAUGAAUUUUACCAUAGAAACUGCAAGGUGAUGGCAAUAGGAGGAGAUGCUGGCACAAUGGCCUUCGUCGACCUCUGGCGGGGCAUCCUCUUCUGUGAUGUGCGUCCAGCGGAAGGCAAACCCAUCCCCCUGCUUCGUUACGUCGCGUUGCCGGAGCCUCUCCAGAGUAACAAGACACUCCAGGGCGAUGCACGCCUUUAUCGGAACAUUGCCGUCGUUGGAGAUCGCCUCAAGUACGUAGAGCUGCAGCUUCACUGGAAGGCUAGUGUGGUCUACAGGGAUACCUACUUCAGGGACGGUUGGAUGGCUGCUACAUGGAGCAGGCCGGCUACUAAUUCUUCCUCGGACGAUGAUCGUUGGCGCGAGGACAGCAGGAUCAUGGAUUCCAAGGAUCUGAAGGUCGACAACAACCCGCAUUUCGAGCUCCUCCCCAUGGUGCAGAACGAUGAAGGCAUGACUUUGCCACCCUUCAAGAGACUUGACGUGUGUCAACCCGUGCUUGGCCUGGAAGAAGAUGCUGCUGAUAUCAUUUACUUUACGACCAAGAUCGACCGGGUGGAUGCCAAUGCAUGGGUGGUUGCUGUGGAUAUGAAGAACAAGGAGCUACUAGGAGUAGCUGCCUUCAAUGCAACAAGAUACAUGGGCAUCAACUUCGCCUACGUGCACGGUAGGAUCUCCAAGCAUCUGAAGAGCGCUCCAGGUGCACAGGGGAGCCUGAAACGACCAGGGAUUGUGCUGCCGCGACCCUCUAGCAAGUAGCAGCAUGGAAUCUUACCUUGGGAUGUUGAACAAAGGCAGCAUGAUGAUGAAAUGGUGCCUGGUGAUGGAGAUGAUAUGGUCUUGGACGAAAAGAUGGGCCAUCUGUAGUAAGGGUGAUGACUAUUCAUGUCUCUUAUUAUGGUAGCUUUUGUGUAAGAAAACUGGGAGUGCUAGAUUUGCCUUUCUGGUUGUCCCAGUAGUAUCUGUCUAUUCCCAAGUUUAUGAUUUAGUUAGUAGACAUGAUGGAUCUA